AUGGACACAACGACCGAGCCCAGCAAUGCGGUCGCCGACCUCGAGCCCACACAAGCGCACACCGAAGGAGACGAACAAGCUCUUCAACCCGUGAAAAAGACCAAAAAAAUCAUCCGGCGUCGCAAAAAGCCCGCGCGCGUACAAGUCGAUCCCUCCACGGUGAAGAGCGAGCCUCCCGCUCAAACGGGCGAGCUCUGGAACAUCUGGUACAGCAAAUGGAGUGGAGGUGACUCAAAGGAUAAACAUGGGUUGGAUCAACCUGCGCCAUCCCGAUGCAACGUCGCGCGCGAUUCGGGGUACACCAAGGCCGAUCAAGUGCCGGGAUCAUACUUUUGUCUUUAUUUCAGCAAGGGCCAAUGUUGGAAGGGUCCGGCUUGCGAGUAUUUGCACCGCAUUCCGACGAUUCAUGAUCACUUCAAUCCUAGUGUUGAUGCGUUUGGGCGUGAUAAGCACCAGGAUUAUCGAGAUGAUAUGAGUGGUGUUGGAGCGUUUACCCGAGUCAACCGUACUCUUUACGUCGGACGUAUCCACGUUACAGACGAUAUUGAAGAAGUAGUUGCUCGCCACUUUGCAGAAUGGGGGCAAAUUGAGCGAACCCGCGUUCUCACAGGCAAAGGUGUUGCUUUCGUUACGUAUUCCAACGAGGCUAAUGCGCAAUUCGCCAUGCAAGCGAUGUCACAUCAAAGCCUGGACCACGAUGAGAUCCUAAACGUUAGAUGGGCCACCGUCGACCCGAACCCUCUAUCACAAAAGCGCGAGGCACGAAGACUGGAAGAGCAAGCCGCGGAGGCAGUCAGGAGAGCCCUCCCCGCCGCAUUCGUAGCGGAGAUCGAAGGCCGCGACCCCGAGGCCAAGAAGAGGAAGAAGAUCGAAGGCACAUUCGGAUUGGAAGGCUACGAUGUACCGGAUGACGUGUGGCAUGCACGCACGCGACAGCUCGAGGAUGUACCAACAAAUGGUCAGCUCGAGGCACCCGAGCAGUCACUUCUGCUCGAAAGGGGAUCAGCGGGCGCAGAAGCUCAGCCGGAGCCUGAGCCAGAAGUUCAGGGCGGCAUUUUCUCGAGUGCGACGCUGGCGGCUCUUCGGGGUAUGGCUGGAAGUAAUGUGAUGACGCAGGCUGCACCAAAGAGCUCUGGUGGGCCGCUGGUGGCUUAUGGAAGUGAUGACGAGAGUGAUUAA